UUUUUUUUUAAUUUUGAAUGAAAUUUAGUAUUAGUUUUUUUUAGCGAAAAUCUUUUAUUAGUUUAUGUUUUUUGCAUUUAUUUUACUUUUCUUUGUUUUUUUUUAAUAUUUCUUCUAAAAAAAAAAUACACUAGAUGAUAAUUUCUCUUCUUUUAUAGAUUAAAAAAUACUCACCAAAAAUUAUAUGGAAAACCCUUUUUUUGAUUCAGAAGGCAUUUUUUCAACUUUUUCUGCAUAUUUAACCUGUUUUUUAGGCACUUUUUAUUCAUAUAUAAUUAAAAAUACUAUUAAUAGGAAUUAAAGGAGCUUUUUUUUAGCGUUUUAGGCCAUUUUGUUGAUUAUUAUAGCAUUAAUAUCACUAUUUCUGUGUAAUUUUAAUAGAAUAUACUCAAGUCCAGGGUUUGUUUUUAUAGCUGGUGGAAUUAAUGGACUGGUUUUAAUGUUUUUAUUACAUUUUUGGGAUGAUUAUGUGGUUAAAUUUACAAAGAAAAUUUAAAAAUUUGGUAAAAAAUGGAUUUUAUUUGCUU